UCUGUUUCUCCACUACGUGAGGUCGACUUGGAGGGAAUCGAACGUCGCUAAGAAAGACAAAAAAUAGGAGAAGAAAGCAGAAACACCAAACCCCCCCAAUAAGCUGCCUCAGGAGCAGUGAAGUGUCUUCAUGGCAGUUCGUCGAGGACACAUUAAGUACUUGAAAGCUGACUUGCAGGAGGUGUAUGACAUGUCAAACGGUUAUGAAGACCACAUGGGAGGGGACGAGGGGAAGGAUGCCAAGACCAACCUGAUAGUGAACUACCUGCCUCAGAGCAUGACGCAGGACGAGCUGCGAAGCCUCUUCAGCAGCAUCGGAGAGGUGGAGUCUGCCAAGCUGAUUCGAGACAAAGUCGCAGGCCACAGUUUAGGGUACGGAUUUGUUAACUAUCUUAACCCUAGUGAUGCAGACAGAGCUAUCAGUACACUGAAUGGACUAAGGCUACAGUCCAAAACUAUCAAGGUUUCAUAUGCACGGCCCAGCUCUGAUACAAUAAAGGAUGCCAACCUGUAUAUCAGCGGCCUGCCAAAGUCCAUGACCCAGAAGGACGUGGAGGACAUGUUUUCACGUUAUGGACGCAUCAUUAAUUCCCGGGUACUUGUUGAUCAGGGUACAGGUACGACAGGUGUGUCCCGUGGGGUGGCUUUUAUCCGGUUUGACAAGCGGGCAGAGGCAGAGGAAGCCGUCAAAAACCUGAACGGCCAAAAACCACCGGGGGCCUCUGAGCCAAUCACAGUGAAAUUUGCUGCCAACCCGAACCAGGCGAAGAACACGCAGCUCAUUUCUCAGCUGUACCACAACCAAUCACGGCGGUUCGGAGGGCCGUUACAUCACCAGGCGCAGCGGUUUAGGUUUUCUCCCAUGGGUGUUGAUCACAUGGGCAGCAUGGGAGGUGUCGGUGUCCCUGGGAACUCCACCUCAGGCUGGUGCAUCUUCAUCUACAACCUGGGACAGGACGCCGACGAGAGCAUCCUGUGGCAGAUGUUCGGCCCCUUUGGUGCCGUCACCAACGUCAAGGUGAUCCGAGACUUCAACACCAACAAAUGCAAGGGCUUCGGCUUCGUUACCAUGACGAACUACGAGGAAGCGGCCAUGGCCAUUGCCAGCCUGAAUGGCUACCGGCUCGGAGACAAGAUACUGCAAGUGUCCUUUAAGACCAACAAGGGCCACAAAUAGAGAGAGCUGGACAAUCAGGUGUAGAGGAGAGAGGGAGAUGCCCUGCGCCAGGCUUUUAUUUGAGAGAGCAAAAGAUUGCAAAGUCUGGCACAUCAGUUUGGGUUUUAGUGUAUUCAGAGAUCAAUGAGACGUUCACUCUUCUGCACCUUUGUACUUGUCUAAAAGAGUGUUUAGACUGAUUUUUUUGUUUUGUUUUUUUUUUCCAUCUUUAUACUCAUGCUUGGGGCUUGAGGACACUCAGUAGUUUUAAUUUGUAGGGCAAGGAUGUAGAGGGCAAAAUCCCAAGACACCCCCAAGAUAACGUUUGAAAAUGAUCUAAAAAGCUAAAAUAUUGUCCGUUAUGUGUUGCAUGUAUAACUGUGGGGACUAGAUAAAGGAGGCAGGCAAACAGUGCACUGAAAGAGUAUAAGGAGAAUAAGCCCUGCAAAUUGUUCUCCCAAGUGUUGACAUUUUAGUGGAUAAUUCACAGUCUAAAGAAGGUGAAGAACAAUAUUUUGCCAGGAGCCAGUUGUUGUUUCAUUUUGGGAAAGCAGUGCUUUGUCCUGGAUCCUCAUCAUAAGUAGAAAUAGAUGCCUUAAAUGAUCAUCCAGUGGACACACAGACCUACAAUACCACUCACUGUCUAGAGUCAAUCUAAGAGCAAAGCACUUUUAACCAAUCUGUUUUAGGUUACUAUGAAUAUCAGUCUUUUCGAUGUUAAUCUAUGACUUUUGCUCACCCUCCGCCCAGGUUAACAGUUUUAAAAACAAUGAGCUCUGGAGGGAAAUGUUUGUGUUUUGUUAUCCCUGUGUAAAGUGUCUUUUUUUCUAAGUUGUAUUUAAAGAGAGUCCUGUUGAAAAUCAUCCCCAGUCAAUGAGUAGGGAAUCAAGAUGGACCAAAGACAGGGAGAGAUUUGAUCUUAUAACCCCAUAAGAGUUUUUCUAAACAGAUUUUCGCAAGGUAAAUUCACAUCUUUUUGGACUUUUUUUUCUCUUUUCUUUUUUUUUUUUGAAGAGGUACUAAGGCUAUAUCUGAUGCUGACUGAGAGAAACAUCAUUCAGGCUCAGUUUGCCAUUCUGUUUUGUUUUUUCUUUCAUUUUGAGUUAAUUUGUUUUCUUUUUGUUUGGAUUUUCUUUCUUUCUAGAAGAAUAGAUUUUUAUUUGUUACAAUGUAAGUUACAAACUUGUUUUAACGAGUGCUUAUCUCAAGUUUGGAGAGAAAUUAAUGGCCUUUGUUAAUGAUUUCAGUUUAGAUUUACUUUCUUUUCUUCCUUUUUGUUUUGGUUGUUUCACUUUGAACAUAAACCAUUAAAUUUUAUUUCUUUUUGCUGAAAGUUUUGUUUGGUUUGUUUCUUUUUUUAUUUACCUUUUUAGAUUUGAUUUGGAGUUUUGUUCUGUUAUUUUUCUAGCAUUACAUUUGCAGGAAAGAAAAAACAGGCCGUUACACAUUGUUUCUGCUGAAGGCUUUUAAACAGGCUUAAACUUUUAGAAAGAUGAACAUAUGGACCAAUGUUAGUUGAGGUGAGGUUAUUUAAACUGUACACAGAGACUUGAAGGAAAGCGAUUGUCCUGCAGACAUUUCACGAGGCAACAUUUCUGAGAUAGCCAGAUCAGUAUAAACCACUGAAGAGUAACGAGAUCAACGCAUUGAAGAUGUACGUGGUCACUUUAGAAACAGUUGUCUUUUCAGCGGUUGUGAGUUAAAUGUCAGGAUUAUUUAUUAUUAUCUGCUUUUUGAUGCCCGGCUGUUUGGGGAGGGAAGCAUCUGAUAACACGGUGAAAAGACGGUUCACAUGAAGAUUUAGGCUUUUAGACCCAAACCCAGUGCUCUGAUGUUUUUUGUCUCGUUUGUUUUUACUUUUCACUAGUGAGGACUUUGUUUACAGUGAAACACUCUCUCAUAUCGUCUGUUUAGAAAAGAUUAAUGGCGUAUCACAGGUCGUCUUUUGCUAGUGAGGAAUUGUCUUGCCCGUCUUGUUCUCUAAGGUGGUUGAAAGGUGGAGCAUAAGCAUCGGUACUGUAAUUGUUUCUUGUUUAACCUGACCACAAAUUGAACAGAGGAACUACUCCGUGAUAAAAAUAGCAAGUGAUUCUUGGGAACAGUACCUGCUCACACUUUUUAGGAUUCGUUUUUAACCACCCCCAUCACCCCCCAUGCUCCCCCAAGAAUAAUUCACCUGACACUUCAUUAAAUGCAUAUUUAAUCUAUUUAAUCUCUGAAAGGAAUUUUUCCAUCACAAACUUCAGCUUUUGGUCUUAAAAGUGCUUUUUGAUUUUAGUAUUUCCAUGUUAUUUUUGUGUCACAAUCCUUAACUUUGUGCAAUACUUUGUGACUUGCUCAAAGCAGGUGAUAGAAAUUUGUUGUAGUCUUGGACUGUCAUCUUUUUUGAUAAUUUCUUUUUUCUACUUACGUUGUGUUACUGCUUAGUUUUCUCAGCAGUCUAGUUGGAUUUGCAUGAAAGAUGCAAGUGAAUUUGUUUUAGGGGCAGUCAGAAUAAACUGCAUUCUGCCUUAAUUUAUAAGUGGAAAUGGUGUAUUUUACAUCAGGAGGCGCAAAUAUUUAUUUGACAAUGUAUGCGGUCAUACUUGUUACGUAUUGGAGUGUUUUUAAUGGAUUAUUGAUUUUUUUUGUUUUUCUUGGUUCUGAACGGACACUAAGUUGAAGUCCAUUAAAUGUCUUCUAACAUUGGAUCAUUUCAAUAAAAACAUGGUGCAAUAGCA